AUGGAUUAUUCGUAUUUCAAGAAAAACCAAGUGAAAAUGAUGUUCAUAUACGUAACGCUGAUAAAUAUACCAAUAACACAAUGUACAAUACCUGGCACGUUUUUUUGGAAACCGAGGUUGGGUCUCGACUUGGCUAUGCCUACAACCGAAAGCAGUAUCGAAAUAAACUUGCCUACGGAUGACAAUAUGAAAAAUGGUCUUGUGACGGUAGUUGAUGGGUAUCAAGCUGGGCUUUCUGUGAUAAGUGUAGCUGCAGGUGCAUCUAGUGCAAGUUCAGAUUCACAAAUGGAUAUGAAGUCGUCGUAUUACCACACAAAUGUAUAUAGAUGGGCGUUAAGAUAUCUCAGUUUAAUUCCUUUUUGGCUCGGGGGUAACGACGAGAACUUCUGUAAGACGCACCAAGUGUGGCACCGGCGAUUUCACUUUAUGGAUGAAUUUAUGCCAUCUUGGUUGAAAUCCUUCUUUUUCUACGUGAAGGCAGAAGAUUGGAAACAAGAAGAGAUAGAUUACAAAAGAUUCAAAAAAUACGCUGAGCCAGCAUUCGGUAAACAUUAUCGAUAUCCAUCAAAAAGUUUUAGAGAUUUCAAAUCACAAUAUACUGUCGAAACUGUCGAACAAGGUGUUUCCAGGUCGGCCUCGGUAUAA